CUGAGGCUUUAACAGCAGCCAGAGCAGAGCUGGAGGACACAGUUGUGCGCUGGAUUGUAAAAGAGAAAGAGAUAGCAGCCCUCCUGAAGCCAUGGACAUCAAGCUGUUGGCACUGAUGACUCUACUGGCCGUGGCCAUGCAGGUUCCCACCUCCAACGCCAAGCCCAUCAGUCUGGUGGAGCGGUGCUGGUGUCGCACCACGCUCAACACCGUUCCUCAGCGCUCCAUCAAGGAGCUCAAGUUUCUUCAUACUCCCAACUGUCCCUUCCAAGUCAUUGCUAAACUGAAGAGCAACAGAGAGGUUUGCAUCAACCCUGAGACCAAGUGGUUGCAGCAGUACCUAAAGAACGCCAUUAACAAGGUGAAAAAAUCCAAGAGACGUAACACCAAGAAAAUCUAGACUCCAAAGAAGGAGCAUGAAGUCUAUCCAAAACUGAAACCCCCGGGUCAAACCUCUAUACCUCCCUGACACUGCUUUGGAUGUAAGCAAACACGCUGUAUAUUACCUACCUGUCCUUCUCUGUGGACCGCUUGCAGAAGCAGCACUUCACCUCCAUCUGCACCGACUGCACCAUCAUUGUUCCCUCUCCCCCAACCAGGCGAGGCGACAUCUUCAGAAAUCCAUAAAAGCUCCAAAUGCAAUGAAACUUUGGAACAACAAACCAAACAUCAAACCAGAAUCAGAUUUAAGAGUUGAUUGCUGAGAUACUCAGAAAACAGCAAGUAUGUUUGUCUUUGAAAGUGGAACAACUGAGCUAACUCUGCUUCUUUCCUUGUAUAUAGUCAGGGUUUUUCUACACCCCUGUAAAGGAAACCUCAAGCCUUCUGACUCACACAAAGCUUUGUGACAUUAUCCAUCAUAUCAGUUUUAUUUAUAUGGAUCACUUGCAACUCCAAGAGCACAUUGAUGCACUGAUAUAUCACUUGUGCUUUGGUAAAAUGAAGAAGUGUUUCAUUUGUAAACACCAAAGGGAACUCAUUCAAGUCAACAUGACUCAUUUCUACUAAAUACACCAUGCUUCUAUUUACUUGCAGAGAAAUGCUUCUAAGUUUCCAUCUCCUCCCUCUUCUUCUGUCAUGAAAAUCACCUGCAUGUUCUCCAUCACCAUGUCAUAUUAAUUUCCUCUCAAGCCUCCAUCUUUUCCUCAUUCUACAUGGAAUGUGGAUUUUCCAGACAAGACUGCGGACAUUUUCUGUUGAUCAGAGGUGAAAAUCCAUGUUUGACUGAGAGGUAAUGGGAAAAACCUGGGAAACAGCUAGUCACCCCUCGCCAACCCCUCACGUUUGAGCUUGCUGCAAACUGUGUUGACAUAACGCUUGGUCUCAUGGUGCUAUAUGUUCAUGAUGAGGGGUCAGAGCCAUUUGUAUGACUGUAUAUCACAUUUUUUUCAUUAUUUAAUGCAUCUACUAAAAUCUGGGAGUUACAAUUGUGUUUUAAGCAUUUACUGAUAAGGGGAUUUUGCCAGAUGAAGUUGAAGCCACACAAGGAGAAACAAGGAUUUAACAAUAGAAAACAUGCCCACCUCAAAAAUCUUGGGUCACUCUAUGAUCAAUCUUAGGCUAAGGGUUUUUUGUGAAAAGAGCCACAUAGAUAUAUAUAGCGUGUCAUCCACAUUUAUUGGCACCUUUGUUAAAGAUGUGCAAAAAGUCUAAAAAUACAUUCAUAUUUUGUUGCAGUAGCAUAAUCCUACACUGAAUAAUUCGCUACAGUUGUAUAAAAGUGAACUGGUGGCAAGAUAAACUUGGAUUUCUAUCAAAUCUAUUCAAGCUACUAUUUAUUGUUCUGACUGAACAAAUAGGCAGAUUUUACUAGGUAUCUAUUUUCUCUCAGUGCCUUACUUAAAUUGCAUGUACUCUUGUCUUUCUCAUUUUAAAGCCUGACUAAGACUGGGACACUGCAUCAAGUUAUAUUUAGGGAAACGUCAUGAAUUACUAAUAAAAAGCUCCUAGACAUUUUAAUCAACAUAAUCGAGUUAAAUAUGAAACAAAAAAGGUGUCAGUUGUAUUUGUGUUGUAAUAGUUGUUCAGUGUGGCACCACACACCAAGGAACAGAUAUUUCUUAAUGUGGAAUUUUUCCAUACUGAAUGAAUCUACUUAGAAUAGAGGUUGGAUUUUCCUAAUUUUCUCAGCACCAGAUUAUGCUGCUGCAGUAAAAACUGAAUUAAUUAUAAAGCAUUUUUCACAAUUCUAGUAUUUUAUACCAACACCAUUCCUUGGUAGGAAUUAAAAGCUAAUGAAUUGUCAAAAUUAGUUGGGUAACGAAUGUCACAGAGGGAAUGUUAAGGUUGGCAAAAGGGAAGUUUUUGUGUAUCCACUUUUUUUUUUUACAUAAAUAUAUAUAUUUGAGCCACUUUACUAUCAGAUGUGUCUUUAAGUGUAUUUUUAUUAUUUUUAUAUUUGUAAUUUUACUAAUUUUUUUAUAAAUUGUACAAUAGGUAAAAGCUACUAAAUGAAGGCUGUUUUUUCAGUAUUAAACUUCUUUACCACACAUAAACAGUAUGUUAUCAUAUAUGUUCUUGCAAAGAAAUGCAACACGAUCACUGUUUGCCAGCUCAAGUAAACUGUAUAUAUUUUUUUCUUUUAAUGUUGUUACUUUACCAGUCAAAAUGAGACGUUAACAAGCCAGAGCUGAGUAGAACUUGUUAAGUUUGACAUAACUGAAAGCAAAAUAAUGCUUUUCUCAUUGCUUUUGAGUCCAAAAACCCUUGAGAUCAGCCAUCCAGUCAAACGAAUUGAACAAUUAGAUUUUUUUUAUUGUUAUACUUUGGUUGAUGUAUGAUGUGUCGGCUGAACCAAUGAGCCAAAGCAGAACCAAACCUCAGUUUAUAUCUGAGGGAUCCGCAUAUGCUUCCAAUCUGGACGCUCCCAGCACCCCACUGCCUUUCCUCCCUGCUUCACUCCAAACAUUUAGUUCAGAUCCAGGUGGUUGUGAUCAUUUUUUUAUGCUCUUCUUCAUGUGUUUUUUUUUUUUUUGUUCUAUACAAAAACUCAGUUGUUACCAGUGAUUUUCUAACCAGUUUGCAGCAAAUUGUGCAAUAAUCUUGUAAUUAAUUUCUCAUAAUAGAACUAAAUACCCAUUAAUCCUAUGUGAUUAAACUAAUUAUUAUAAAAACAUUGCUCAGUAAACCAAAAGAGUUUCAACAAGGCUGAUAUGCAAAGAUAAAUGUCUUUUUAUUCUUUUGUAUGUUCAUUACAAAACCAAUCCACUCAUUUCUUGAAAGUAUGAUAGAAAAAUAAUGAAAUGUUAUUACUUUCUCGUGUUCAGUCUGUGUACAUGAAAAAUAGACUGCAUUACCAACAGUGUAACUAUGAAUUUAUGGAAAUAAAACAUAGUAAUAAGGACUUUUACCAGCAUUCUGGUGGUGUAGCAGGGUAAGUCCACAUCUUUGAUAGCAGGGUGCAGAGUUCGAUUCCUGGUUGCAUCAAAAAAGGCACCCGCAGUAUAAACUCUGCCAUGUCUGUGUGCAAGUUGUAAUGACUUGUUGUGGUGAGUCCUGGAAAAGGAAGCAGCCGGUUAGGUCUUAUAAUAGCGACUUCUACCAAAAUGUAUCUGUUAAAGAAAGGUAAUUAGAUCUACUAACAGAUUUUAACCUGUGUUUUCUUUUUCUUUCACUGCUAAUAAUACUUCACUAUAUUGAACUGUGGCCUUUAUAUUGUGCAAAUACAUCUUUUAAGUUUAUUUGACAAAAUUCACAUUCAGUUUAACUGUUGCUCUCUACUUGUGUAUUAAUACAUUAAUCAAAAUGAGUUUUACUUUGGAGCCCAAGACAAUGUGAAAAUGUUUCUUUCGUGGCAGCUUCUGACCUAUUCCUUUGUAAUGGAUUAGAAGAUUACUUCCUGUUUCACGGCUUGUGAGCCAAAAAGCUGUAUUAUUAUUCUUUUGAUAUCUAUGCCCAUUUUUUCAAUAAAGUAUCAUGAGAUAAAUAUAA